AUGCCUUCCAGCCCCAAAACGAAUGCCUACGUCGUGGUAAAAGUGUAUGGUCGACUGUUUUGCCACUGGGUCCCACUCGGGUUUGCCUAUGUAGCGUUUAGUCUGGGCUGCAAUGUUGGGUACAUGGCCCUACUCACAGAGUACACAACCAACGACUACUGGUGGCGCCAGUUCAAUACCUCUGGCGGUCAAACGUUCGUCGCCGACAUCUUCAACGCCAAGAUCAACUUGGGGCAAUCUGGGCCGUUUGAUCUCUAUCAAUCACCUAUCCUCAAGAACUACGGGGACACCACGACAUUCAUUGACAUGCCACCCACGGCAGCUCGACGUCAUUUGAUGAGUACGGUCCCCUUGGAGAAGGCCGUGAUGACCAUUCGUCAGAACAGUCUGUACGAGAACGUGUACUCCAUUGUCGCACAUUGCUGGGUGGACUUCGAUCGUCGGUUCGAAAUGGCUCACACAUCGGCUCGACAACUGCGCUGUGCCGCCCGUCAACUGACCAACGCUGGUGUAUACAUGGAAACAAUGUUGCGCAACGUCGACUCGGAUGACUUGACGCUGUCCGCUGGGUGA